ACAUAACGAUUUCACUAUGCCUGCAGCACAUGCGUCUCUUUUUGUUCUGCUUCUCUUUCCUACAGGGUGCCUUGAGUCAUUGGAAACUCGUCAUGAAGUCAUUGUUAACUUUGGAAAAGACGCAGUCCUUAAUUGCAAGCUCAUGCAACAGCUGGAGGUUCUUCAAGUCACGUGGAAUAAAGAAGUUGCAAAGACUAAACAAGAUGUGGGCACCUCUAAUAAACGCCAUGGUCCUGUGAUCAACUCUCAUUUUAAGGGGAAGGUAGAGUUUAGUGACCCUGGACUGCACAACAAUUCUAUUGUUAUCAGGAAUGUGACACGGAAGGAUGAGUGUUGCUACAAUUGUCUGUUUAUCAUCUACCCAUACGAAGACAUCUCUGAGAAGCACUGUAUCAAAGUUCAUGAGCUGUAUGAACCCAGUCUCCUCACAACAAAAACAAACAACACCAAUGGCGACUCAUUCGUUUCCUGCUCUGCCACUGGACGGCCUGCUCCAACUGUGACGUGGGAAAUCCCUGAACAUCUCCCUCUGUUAAACUCCAGCACUAUCCACGUUCCUCACCCCAAUGGAACCAUCACUGUCACCUCAACCGGCAGGGUGACAGUGGCCCAAGACACGUUGGUUAGGUGUGUGGCAUCACAGUCCCCAGGGGGUGCCAGCAAAGAGGCGUCCAUGUUGAUUACAGCAACUGACCAAGCGUUUGUUCCAUCUGAACAGGUGGAUCAGGUCACAGAGAGAAGUCGUCUAGUGAUUAUAUCAAUGUGUGCAUGGUUUCUUUUAGUGGUUUUAGUCAUACCGGUUUUAGUGAUUUUGAGGAAAAAUAGAAAGUCCAUCUCCAAUAUCUCUGACAGUUAUGAAAACAUACGCACUCCUAUAAAGUCGUCGCAAAGAACCCAAAAGUCCUCCGAUAUCUCCAACAUUGAUGAAAACAUACGCACUCCUCAAAAGGCAACGCCAAGAACCCAAACACAAUCCCCUAGUUCAACUGGUAACUGCAAAAUAGAAAAGUCCUCCAAUAUCUCCAACAUUGAUGAAAACAUGUGCACCACUGAAGAGGCGACGUCAAGAACCCACAGCACUUUGACUAAGCGAAUGCUGCCAAAGGAAACACGAUCCCCAAGUUCGACUUAUUACUACAAAAGAAAACUUUUUCAGUGAAAGAGGGUUUAAGGUAAGCGUGUUUAGGGACAUAUUGCAGCCAAAGGUCAUUUAUGAAAUAUUCCAAUAUUAAUACCCCCAUGGACUUUGUAAUAAUUUAUAAAACAUAUUGUUCAUGAAUACAAUGGAGACAUAAAAUUUGCCUUCAAUUAAUGUUGAUCCUUUUUAUAGUAAGUCAUAAUGCAUAGAACAAUGCAGUUGUGAUGACAAAAUUAAAUCGAUAGAUAAUACAACUUUUAAUGAAUUUACAUUUAGUCAUUUAGCAGACGCUCUUAUCCAGAGCGACUUACAGUAAGUACAGGGACAUUCCUCCCGAAGCAAGUAGGGUGAAGUGCCUUGCCCAAGGACACAACGUCAUUUUGCACGGGUGGGAAUUUAACUGGCAUCCUUCAGAUUACUAGCCCGACUCCCUCACUACUCAGCCAUCUGAUCAAUGAAUUGAUCAUACAGUGUAUUAUUGUCUAUUACAGUCUCAAUGAAUCAACAUGAUGGUAAUAACAAUGAUAAAUGGUAAGAGUAUUUAAAGAUGCAGUCAGAAGAUAAAUAAUUUUCUUUUUUUUCUAUAUGUUCAGGUGUUAUAAAUUCACGGAGCCAGUGAGAUGGUGCUUACACUACACAGUACAUUCGAUCAAAUUGUUGAGUUGCUGUGAUCUAAAUCAGA